CGCCGGGGAGGGGCUCCAGAGAGUCGGGAGACGUGGAAGUCCCCUCCGUCAUGGCUGCCCCCAAAACCUCCGCCGCCGCGGGCGGCAUCUCUUCGACGAGCGCCGGCACUAACUUGCUCUUCUCCUCCUCGGCCACCGAGUUCAAUUUCACCGUCCCUUUCAUCCCCGUCAGCCAAGCCCCUCCUGUAGCCGGUACGGGACCUGGGCUCCUUCCCACAGAUGAUAACACAGAUGUUGGUGAAGAAGACAGCUUCCUAGGCCAGACAUCAACAAAUGUGAACCCCCCAUCUACAUUCAGUUAUUUCUCUCAAAUUCCUAGCAGUAGUGAUCCCUUUGGAAGCAUUGGACAACCACCUUUAGGAGUGGCAACCUCAACCCAAGCUGGAACAUUUGUUUUCUCUAAACCUCCAGUUUCUUUCCCUCUUCUUCCUUCAUCACAAGAUGGGCCAAAUGUAUUUUCAGCUUCCACUCCAAAAUCACAAUCUUUUAAUACUCCGUCUACUUCAGUGCAAGGAAUUGGAACUUAUCAAACACCUCAGCAAAGUGGUCCUCCACCAGCUGUCUUUUCAACACCACCUCAGGGAGCAUCACAACAAGGUUAUAACCCCUAUCGUCAUACUAACUUAAGUAGUAGAGCCAAUCCUUAUAUCACUCCCCCACAGCUUCAACAGACCCAAGCACCUGCCCAGAGUCUGCAGCCUUCACCUUUGGUACCACCUAUGCAGAAGUAUCCAACUCCUGCAGGACCAAUCCCACCGUCAGUCCUAUCACCUCAGACAUCAAUGUUAGCAGGCCCACUUGUGAAGGCACCACCAGUCUUAUUACAAAACCAGUAUGAACCAGUUCAGCCACAUUGGUUUUACUGUAAGGAAGUGGAAAACAAAGAACUAUGGAUGCCUUUCAGUGAUCUAGAUUCUACAACUCUAGACAAGGUUUAUAAUUCUGUGCAACCUGAUCCAGAGAGUGUGGUCUUGAGUACUGAUGGAGGACGUUAUGAUGUUUAUCUAUAUGACCGUGUGAGAAAAGCUGUAUAUUGGGAAGAACAACAAUCUGAAGUAAGACGAUGUACUUGGUUUUAUAAGGGAGAUAAGGACAGCAGAUUUAUUCCUUAUACGGAGGAUUUCAGUGAAAAACUAGAGGCAGAGUAUAAGAAAGCUGUUACCACAAAUCAAUGGCAUCGGCGAUUAGAAUUUCCAGGUGGAGAAACUUUCGUUAUGCAUAAUCCUAAGGUGAUAGUUCAGUUCCAGCCUUCUUCAAUACCAGAUGAAUGGGGCACCACACAAGAUGAUCAGACCAGACCAAGAGUAGUUAAACGUGGAAUUGAUGAUGAUCAUGAGGAUAUUCCAGAUGGUGAAAUGUCUCAAAUUGAUCAUUUGGUAUUUAUGGUCCAUGGAAUUGGCCCAGUCUGCGAUCUGCGCUUCAGAAGCAUUGUUGAAUGUGUUGAUGACUUUCGGACAGUAUCCCUGAAAUUGCUGCAAACACAUUUUAAGAAAUCAAUAGAAGAACAUAAAGUGAGUAGAGUUGAAUUCCUGCCAGUUCAUUGGCACAAUGCUUUGCAUGGAGAUGCAACAGGGGUGGAUAGGAACAUUAAAAAAAUAACAUUGCCAACUAUUGGACGCCUCCGCCACUUCACCAAUGAGACUCUACUUGAUAUCCUGUUUUACAAUAGCCCCACUUACUGCCAAACAGUUGUGGAGAAAGUAACAGUAGAGAUGAACCAUCUUUAUGCACUAUUUAUGAGCAGAAACCCUGACUUUAAAGGAGGAAUCUCUGUUGCUGGCCACAGUUUAGGAGCCUUGGUUCUAUUUGACAUACUGUCCAAUCAGAAGGAUUGGACGUCUGCAGUUAAUUCUACUCCUGUUGCUUCCAACGGUGCUGUGAAAGAUGUGACAGAUGACCAGCAGGGAUCAUUGAAUUCUAAUUCUGCUGGUGGCCUACUGUCUCAUUUAAAUGAUGAAAAUGGGGAUCAUGAGGAGGAGGAUGAUAUUGCAACCUUGCAAAGAACUUUGGAAGUGCUUAGUUUGUCAGAGUAUAUCAGUACUUUUGAAAAGGAGAAGAUUGACAUGGAAUCUCUGUUGCUGUGUACAAUUGAUGACCUGAAGGAAAUGGGAAUACCUCUUGGGCCUCGGAAGAAGAUAGCAAACUUUGUAAAAGACAGAGCAGCCAAACAGGAACAAAAAAAGGCAUUACUAGAGAAAAAGGCUGCAAUGGAAGAAGUUGCUCAGAAAGAUAAGUUGUCUUCAGCUACUGCAUCUUCAGAACCUGCCAUUCCUCAGGAGGCAUCCAAACGAAAACGCCCAUUUGGAACAUCUGUUUCAUCUGCACACAUAGACUACGAAUUUUUUGAAAUGGGAACAGGCCAGGUGUCCGUGGUAUACAACACGCUUGAUUUUGAACCAAAUAUUUUCUUUGCUUUGGGUUCUCCAAUUGGUGUAUUUCUCACUGUUAGAGGAGUGGAAAAAAUUGAUGAAAGCUACAGGCUGCCAACCUGCAAGGGAUUUUUUAACAUAUAUCAUCCGCUUGAUCCGGUGGCAUACAGGCUAGAACCUAUGAUUAUUUCUGAUUUUGAUGUGAAACCAGUCCUCAUUCCACACCACAAAGGCAGAAAAAGACUCCACCUUGAAUUGAAAGAUUCUCUCUCUCGUAUGGGAUCAGACUUGAAACAAGGCUUUCUCAGCUCUUUGAAAAGUGCUUGGCAAACCCUUAACGAAUUUGCACGUGCCCAUACGUCUUCUUCUAUACUCCAAGCAGAAUUGGAGAAAGUGGCCCACCAGAUUAAAGCAGAAGAGGAAAAAGAUGAGGCAGAAGAAAAGAUAGUGGAAAGUCCAGAACUUUCAAAGGAUGAAGACUUGAGUAUAAAAAUUGGUUUGCUAAAUGGAGGCCGUCGUAUUGAUUAUGUUCUUCAAGAAAAACCUAUAGAAAGUUUUAAUGAGUAUCUUUUUGCUCUACAGAGUCACUUGUGCUAUUGGGAAUCAGAAGAUACUUCUCUACUUCUUCUAAAAGAAAUCUAUAGAACUAUGAAUAUUUCUCCUGAACAACCACAACAUUGAUAUUAGAACACCUGUAAUAUAAAAUGUCAAUUCUCAUCUUUGAUUUGGCAUGCUAACAGCCUUUGAAGAAAAAGAUACCAAUUCCCUAUCCAUAGAUGACAGAAGUUGUUUCAGUAUUCAGCACUCAGUUUCUAAACCACCUUUUUGGGUCAUUUAGAAAAGAAAACAUCGGAUGUAGAAAAAAAGGUUUUUUUUAAAAGAACAUAUAUACUGUUUUCAUAGUCUUGAAUCACUUGUGGCAUUUUUGCCAAACUUUAUCUUUAAAAAAAGAUAAACGCAAAUUAAUAAUUUCUAAUCUGUCUUAGUUCCUAAGGUUAUCAGGCCUGUGUUUUUGAUCAGGAUUCUAUUUUUAAAAUAAUAUCUUCAUGGUAAAUAGCAAUAAUGGUUUUAUUUAAUAAAUCCAUUUGAUCUGAUUUCUUUAAAAAAUGUAAACUUAACAUCAAAUUUUGUUAAUGUACCUUUACCUGAAGCCAUUAUAUUUUCAAAAUAAAUAAUUAGAAUCAUUUCCAUGCAACAUCAGAGUUACCAUUACAUUUUUAUAAAAGAGUUCUGAGCCUCUGAAAGAGAUGCAUUUUUAUUUUUGUGACACGAAACUUUAUUCUAAGUUAUAUAGAGAAUUGUUGUAAACUUAGCAUUUGUACUUCUUGUUUAUUUGUCUGCUUAUUGAGUAGAGACCAAGGAGCUAAAUUUGGUUUGGCAUUGAUGAACCUGCUAGGAUACAUGACUUUAUAUGUGAUUUGAGGACUAGACCUAGAAAAAUAUCUGCAUUUAUGGCCCUGGGGUUGGAGGAAUGCUUUAGUUAGUCCUGACAUUGCCUAGUUUUCAUAGCAAAAUAUUUCAGAGUUUCAUUAAAUAAAUUUAUCAACACUGGACUUCGGAAGUUUAUUUUCUUUCAUCACUUUAAUACCCCCUCCUGCAUAUUAAGCUAUGUUUCAUUAAAGUGAUAUUGCAAUGGCUACUUGCCAUGAGUUAAUUUAGGUUCCCCCUCCCCCUCCCAAAUAUGAUUUUGCUGUGUGCAGGAGGUGGUAAUAUUUAUCCUGAAACAGACAUUAUAUUGGUUCCUGAACAGAAGGACCAAGAGAUGAGAUUUGUAAUUUAAUCAUCUACCUGUUGUAUGGUCUAUGCAAUUAAAAAAAUGUAUAUUUUUAAAUUAACAGAAGUAAAUUCAUUGCAGUAUAUUAUCACAUAGCUAUUUUAUAUAUCUUUAAAUACUGUAAUAUUAGUACACCUUUUGGGAAGGUUUUAUGGUUCUUUUGCUAAUUCUGAUAUUAUUUUCCAAAAGCAAGUAUUUGCUAUGAUCCUUGUCAUAAUGAAAUUUAACAUGUUUCUUGUUAAACCUGAGUAAAUUCCAGCAUAGAAAUAGUGAAUGAAGCAGCUUCUUGUCAUAAAGUAACUGGAGAAGUCAUUCAAUAUUACUCAGAUUAAAUUUAUCUCUGAAUCAAUGUUUGUCAACCUUAGCAGCUUUGAGGUGUGUGGAUUUCAACUCCUAGCAUGCUGGCUAAUGUCCCCAAUUAUGGACAUUAGAAUCCACUUAAAAGUUGAUGAGGUUGAGAAACACUGUUCUAAAAAGGUUUACAUUAUACGUUUGGUAUUCAGAUCACAUUCCCAGUCAUUAUGGUCAUCUAAAAAAGAAAGACAUACAAAGGUUUUCAAAAAUCAGAAACAAUAUUU